UCAUCUGCUCUGAGUGUGGGGAUGAGUUUACGCUGCAGAGCCAGCUGGCCAUACACAUGGAGGAGCACCGACAGGAGCUGGCCGGCACCCGUGUUCACACCUGCAAGGCCUGCAAGGAGGAGUUUGAGACUUCGCCAGAGCUGAAGGAGCACAUGAAGACUCACUACAAAGUUAGGGUGUCAGGUACAAGGUCUUACAAUCGGAACAUCGACAGAAGUGGGUUCACAUACUCCUGUCCACACUGCGGAAAGACGUUUCAGAAGCCCAGUCAGCUAACUCGGCACAUAAGGAUUCAUACAGGUGAAAGACCCUUCAAAUGCAGUGAAUGUGGAAAAGCUUUUAACCAGAAGGGGGCGCUGCAGACCCACAUGAUUAAGCACACAGGCGAAAAGCCCCACGCCUGUGCCUUUUGUCCUGCUGCCUUCUCCCAGAAAGGGAACCUCCAGUCCCAUGUUCAGAGAGUCCAUUCGGAGGUUAAGAGCGGGCCUACCUAUAACUGCACAGAAUGCAGCUGUGUGUUUAAGAGCUUAGGCAGCUUGAACACCCACAUCAGCAAGAUGCACAUGGGGGGGCCCCCGGGUGCUACAAGCUCUGCAGAGACUGCACACGUCCUAACGGCCACGCUCUUUCAGACUUUGCCUCUGCAGCAGGGAGAAACCCAGGUCUCCUCUGCUUCCAGCCAGCAGAAUUCUCAGACGGUGACUGACGUCAUUCAGCAGCUCCUGGGGCUGUCUGAGCCGGGGACAGUGGAGGCGCGCCAGUCUCCGCAGCCUGGGCAGCAGCUGAGCAUCGCGGUGGGCAUCAACCAGGACAUCCUACAGCAAGCCUUAGAAAACAGUGGGCUGUCUUCACUUCCAGUUGCAGCACCUCCCAGCGACUGCAGCCACACCCAGACGUCCGCAGCACCACCUCGGAGUCCACCUGCCCCCAGUGUCUCCGCUGAGCAAGCGGACCCCACGGACGCCGGGCAGGAAAAGGGGCAGGAAAGCCCUGAGAAGUCAGAUAAGAAAGAGAAAAAAGUUAUGAAGAAGAAAUCGCCCUUUCUACCUGGCUCCGUCCGUGAGGAGAACGGGGUGCGGUGGCACGUGUGUCCUUACUGCACCAAGGAGUUCCGGAAGCCCAGUGACCUUGUGCGUCACAUCCGCAUCCACACGCACGAGAAACCCUUCAAGUGUCCGCAGUGUUUUCGGGCCUUUGCUGUGAAGAGCACUCUGACAGCUCACAUCAAAACCCACACUGGCAUCAAGGCCUUCAAGUGCCAGUGCUGCAUGAAGAGCUUCUCCACCUCAGGGAGCCUCAAGGUGCACAUCCGCCUGCACACAGGAGUUAGACCAUUUGCUUGUCCACACUGUGACAAAAAGUUCCGAACCUCAGGCCAUAGAAAGACUCACGUAGCUUCCCACUUUAAACAUACGGAGUUGAGGAAGAUGAGGCACCAGCGCAAACCCGCUAAGGUCCGUGUCGGCAAGACCAGUGUUCCAGUACCCGACAUUCCUUUGCAAGAGCCCAUUCUUAUAACGGACCUAGGUCUCAUCCAGCCCAUUCCAAGAAACCAGCUUUUCCAAAGUUAUUUCAAUAAUAAUUUUGUUAAUGAAGCAGAUAGACCAUACAAGUGUUUUUACUGUCAUCGAGCAUAUAAAAAGUCUUGCCACCUUAAACAACACAUCAGAUCACAUACGGGUGAAAAGCCUUUUAAGUGCUCUCAGUGUGGAAGAGGCUUUGUUUCUGCAGGUGUGCUCAAGGCGCACGUCCGCACACACACUGGACUGAAGUCUUUCAAGUGUCUGAUCUGUAACGGAGCCUUCACCACUGGCGGGAGCCUACGGCGACACAUGGGCAUACACAACGACCUCCGUCCCUAUAUGUGUCCUUACUGCCAGAAGACAUUCAAGACCUCACUGAACUGCAAAAAGCACAUGAAAACCCACAGAUACGAGCUCGCCCAGCAGCUCCAGCAGCAUCAGCAGGUAGAUGAUGGCACUGUGGACCAGCAGAGCAUGCAGGUAGCAGCGCCCAUGCCGGUGGAGAUGGAGAGCAGUGAGCUGCAGCCCUCAGCUGAGGCAGUCACGGCUGACCCAGAGGCCAUGCUGGACUUGGGGCCACAGCAUGUGGCAGGCACAGAAGACACAGCCCUCGGGCAGCCACUGGCAGAUCCGCCUCUGGAGGCCGAUGAAGAUGGAUUUGCAGCCCCGCAGGACCCUCUCCCAGGACACAUGGACCAGUUUGAAGAGCAGACUCCCACACAGCAGUCCUUCGAGCCAGCGGGACUGUCACAAGGUUUUACAGUGACUGACACGUACAAUCAACAGACUCAGUUUCCACCUGUGCAACAGCUGCAGGAUUCCAGUACACUUGAGUCCCAGGCCCUGUCUACGACGUUCCACCAGCAGACCCUGCUGCAGGUCCCGAGCUCUGACACCAUCAACGUGACAACUCGCUUGCUUCCAGACUCGUCCCAGGAGGAGCUUGACCUACAGUCUCAACGCCCCCAGUUCCUAGAGGACAGUGAGGACCAGAGCAGGCGCUCUUACAGGUGUGACUAUUGCAACAAGGGCUUCAAGAAGUCCAGCCACUUGAAGCAGCACGUGCGCUCGCACACGGGGGAGAAGCCCUAUAAGUGCAAGCUGUGUGGGCGUGGCUUCGUCUCCUCCGGUGUCCUCAAGUCCCACGAGAAGACGCACACAGGAGUGAAGGCGUUCAGCUGCAGCAUCUGUAAUGCUUCGUUCACCACCAACGGCAGCCUCACCCGGCACACGGCCACGCACAUGAGCAUGAAGCCUUACAAGUGUCCGUUCUGUGACGAGGGCUUCCGCACCGCCGUACACUGCAAAAAGCACAUGAAGAGACACCAGGCAGUGCCCCCGGCUACAGCGGCCACUGCGGAGACUGAGGCAGGAGACAUGGGCGCAGACGAAGAGGAAGAGAACUCUGACAGAGGAGCCUCGAGAAAGCCUCGUCCUGAGGUCAUCACUUUCACAGAGGAGGAGACGGCCCAGCUGGCCAAGAUUCGGCCGCAGGAGAGUGCCACGGUGUCGGAGAAGGUCCUGGUGCAGUCAGCGGCCGAGAAGGACCGCGUCAGUGAGAUGAAGGACAAGCAGGCAGAGCUGGAGGCCGAGCCCAAGCAUGCCAACUGCUGCUCAUACUGCCCCAAGAGCUUCAAGAAGCCCAGCGACCUGGUGAGGCAUGUUCGAAUCCAUACUGGAGAAAAGCCGUAUAAAUGUGACGAGUGUGGGAAGAGUUUUACUGUGAAAUCCACCCUCGAUUGCCAUGUGAAGACCCACACAGGUCAGAAGCUGUUCAGCUGCCACGUGUGCAGCAAUGCCUUCUCCACAAAGGGAAGUCUGAAGGUCCACAUGCGCCUGCACACAGGAGCCAAGCCCUUCAAGUGCCCGCACUGUGAGCUGCGCUUCCGCACUUCCGGGCGCAGGAAGACGCAUAUGCAAUUUCAUUAUAAACCAGACCCAAAGAAGACCAGAAAACCCGUGGCGCAGAGCUCGUCGGAAGGACUGCCACCUGCAAACCUCCUCAACUCCUCCUCCCCCGACCCCAGUGUGUUCAUCAUGAACAACUCUGUUCUGACAGGCCAGUUUGAUCAAAACUUGCUUCAGCAGGGGCUGGUGGGCCAAGCCAUCCUGCCCGCCUCAGUGUCAGCUGGCGGGGACUUGACGGUGUCCUUGACAGAUGCAAGCUUGAGUGGCCUGGAGAGCAUCCAGUUACAGCUGGCUGCUAACUUGGUUGGACCCAAUGUUCAGAUCUCCGGAAUCGACGCCCCCAGCAUCAGUAACAUCACACUGCAGAUUGAUCCAAGCAUUUUGCAGCAAACGCUACAGCAGGGCAGCCUGCUUACCCAGCCACUCACAGCGGAGCCUGGCACAGCCUCACAGAGCAGCUCUCUCCCGACCACCACGGACAGCACCGUCCCAGCCAGCGUGGUCAUUCAGCCCAUCUCAGGCCUGUCCUUACAGCCCACGGUGACUUCUGCUAAUCUGACCAUUGGCCCACUGUCUGAGCAGGACUCUGCACUAACCACCAGCUGCAGUGGGACCCAGGACCUCACUCAGGUGAUGACAUCGCAGGGCCUCAUGUCCACCUCCACAGGCCCCCACGAGAUCACCCUGACCAUCAACAACUCGAGCCUCAGCCAGGUCCUGGCCCAGGCCACCGGCCCCACUACCACACCAUCCUCCGGGUCUCCACAAGAGAUUACCCUGACUAUCUCUGAACUUAAUCCCACGAGCGGAAGCCUUCCUUCAACAACGCCCAUGUCUCCAUCAGCCAUCUCCACUCAGAACCUGGUUAUGUCGUCGUCGGGUGUGGGAGGGGAUGCAAGCGUCACAUUGACCCUGGCUGACACUCAAGGUGUGCUGUCGGGCGGCCUGGACACAGUUACCCUGAAUAUCACCUCACAGGGUCAGCAGUUCCCUGCAUUGCUCACAGACUCGUCUCUCUCUGGCCAAGGGGGAGCCGGCUCGCCUCAGGUCAUCUUAGUGAGCCACACCCCUCAGCCACCCUCAGCCACCUGUGAAGAAAUAGCCUACCAGGUGACUGACGUCUCUGCCCACCUGACCCCAAGCAGCCAGCCUGAGAAGGAGAGCCCAGCACACCAGUGCCUGGACUGCGACCGCACCUUCUCGUCAGCUGCAGUGCUGAUGCACCACAGCAAGGAAGUCCACGGCAAGGAGCGCGUCCACGGCUGCCGUGUCUGCAGGAAGGCCUUCAAGCGUGCCACACACCUCAAGGAGCACAUGUUGACGCACCAAGCGGGCCCUUCGCUCAGCUCCCAGAAGCCCCGAGUGUUCAAGUGUGACACGUGUGACAAGGCAUUUGCCAAGCCCAGCCAGCUGGAGCGACACAGCCGUAUUCACACAGGGGAGCGUCCAUUCCACUGCACGCUGUGUGAGAAGGCCUUCAACCAGAAGAGCGCGCUGCAGGUGCACAUGAAGAAGCACACCGGGGAGAGGCCCUACCGCUGUGACUACUGCGUCAUGGGCUUCACGCAGAAGAGCAACAUGAAGCUGCACAUGAAGAGAGCGCACAGCUUCGUGGGAACCUUGCAGGGGGCCACUGUGGUCCAGGAGCAGGAUGGGGAGGAGCUGAGGACCCUCCAUCUGGAAGAAGUGGUUCAAGAGGCAGCGGGCGAGUGGCAGACCCUCACCAAUGUGUUCUGAUGCUGCAGAAGGGGCCUGAGAGCCUUCCUGAAGCUACGUUUAUGAAGAACAGAGCACUUGGAAUUUCUGUCUUAAAGCUUCAAGUGUUAAAAAUCUACCACAUUAGUUUUUUAGCUAUAAAAUUAUCUAAAGAAUCAUUGUCCUUCAGAGACUUCCCGGAAAAAACUGAGAACAAUGUAAAUGCGUAUUGUCACUUGUCUGCAAUCACUGAACUCAGGUACUACAAUAGUCUCUUCCUUCUUCUCCAUGGCCAGUGUACCAGUUAACAGGAAAUUAACUGGAUCUUGUGAUCAUUGUAGUGUGAUUUCUUUGUAUUAGCAAAGACAGAGUUAACAUGGAAAAAGUAUGUGAGAUCUCCCUUUAUGCUUUCUGUUAUAAGAAGCAUCGCUUACAGAACACGCAAGGCAGGUGCGUGCAGUUCCAAAACAGUGUCAUUACACACAGGGAUGUUUGUCCACUUCGUAUUCUUUAUUUUGAAAAUUAGUGGUAGUCUACUCUUUUUAUCCCACCUUAAGUUAUACAACGGAUGCCUUGAGAGAUGGCUGGCCCAUUCUCUCUGUAUCACAGACGUCUCGUCUCUAGUUAGAGGAACGCAGGACCUGGGGUGCCAGCAGGUGGGGUGGAGGCUGACCUUCCACACAGACAGUGUCAUGCUGGCUGCACUUGUGUGUCCAGGCCCGUUGGUUAGAUCACUGUAGAAGGCAGGCCUGUGCCACGAGCAGGAAGUGGCAGGUGUCUCCUGUCCAUUUCAGCAAACAAGUUUAUCUGUAGUUUGAGGGUGAGGACACGCAGGAGCCCCUCAACCUUCUCCUCGUGCACAAAGAGGUGUUUUCACUUCAGGGAAUUCGUAGCUGUCGUCAACAGCGCCACAUGAGGCACGGACGUCCCAAACCAAAUCCCUCCCGUGCUGGGCACCGUGUGCACCGUGCCCACGGCGUUCCAAAGAUGGAAGGUUCUCCAGUGGGUGUUAAUUCCCUUGAAACUAUUUAUAUGUCCUAUAUGUAAAUACAUGUGUACAUAGACAAGUCCAUGGGCCUCCAUGUGGCUGAGCAGUAUAUUUUGUAAAUAGAAGCACUAGUCCCCAUCACGAGCGCACUCAGAUCGAUGUGUGUUCAUUUUAAAUAAAUGGAUAUCUUUUUCACUGUAACAUAAAGCUGGGUUCUAUUUUUUUUCUGAAAAAUAAUUGCCUUUAUUUUCUCUCAUUGCCGCCUUGGUUUCAUAAGAGAGCAGUUUUAUUAUAAGUGUUGUAAUGACCUUGUCCAUUAGGAGGACACCUUUCAGGUUCCUAAAGAAGGAGACAUUUCACUGUUACUUGGAAAGGACAUCUUUUGAUUUUGUUGUCCACUUUGGGCACCUGUAUAUAUUACUGAUGGUGACAUGAAAACU